AUGCUGAGUAGCAAAGACAAAGGAAUAUGUGUCCGGUACUGCAAGACCCGCCACUCUCUCCAUAUUCCUUAUCUCAUUCGCUCUAUUCUUACCGCUCUUCCACAAUAUGACUUCUCAAACGAUGCCUGGAGUAUCUGUUUCAUCUGGAUCGACCCAGUCCAAUCCUUCUCCUACCCAACCCGUUAUCUUCGCUCCCCCUACUUCGUUGAACUGCAGUCGCACCAUGAUGCAUCUGGUCAUGCUCAAAACGGCUUGUACAACAACAAUAUAUCUAACAAUGGCCAUCAACGACCACUUUCGGAUGUUACAUUGCCCCAACAUAACACUCCCUCACAUCAAACUUUUCCUUCUUUUUCAUCUUCUUUCUUUCCUGAACGCAAACGCCCUGGAGGCUCCGAUAUAUCUAGCCUUCUAGCGCACUCGCAUGUUCCUUCUCCUUCCUGUGAUUUUCCCCCACCCAGCCCUUCACCCUCCCCCACUGUGAACGACAUAGACAGCAUUAUGAGCGACCCUUCCGAUCAUACUGUCACUGCUGGUGGAAAUACCCAUGUACAUCCUGCCUUUGGUUCCAGCGAUUUCUCUGGCUCUAACGCUCAGUCGCAGGCAUACCUGAAUCUCGCCCCCCAUGACAUACACCGCAGCCAACCCUUACCGAGUCAUAUUCCGAAUGUCGGGUAUAAUAUUCCUGGCCCCACAGAUGGUUCAAACGUUCCAGCCUCUUCCUCGCAGUGUCAAUCUCAACCUCGCCAACCUCCCCCUGACCCGGAUAAUCGGGCCAAUGCAUCUGGUUCAGCCGAUCACUCCCAACUUCCCGCCUCUUCCUCAUCCAAGGGAAAGCAAAAGGCGUCCUCUUCGAGGGAACCUCUAGACUUGUUGGCGGACAUUGCUGACUCAGUCAAGAAACGGAAAGGGAAAGGGAAAGGGAAAGGGAGAGGACGCAUUGGUCGGAAGACGAAAUCGUCUGACAAGCAGCCGACCCGAGGCCCAGGCGAGCCAUACCGCCUUUUACAAGAUGGUCUGACAGACAGUGAACGGGCGCUCUUGCACUGCAUGUUUCUUUGGGUACGCAUUCUAUGGGGACUCUUGAGCGCGGGCCAAGUACCUGAACUCCCUACCCAGGAGGCAUUGAAGCAGUUCCAGUCCCAAUUUUCGUCCAAGACAGAUGUUCAAUUAGCUCACACAGGGCGUUCCUCUUCCAUCAUUAACCCGAAGCUUGUUUUGUUAACGUCGCGCGCUGAAUUGGUCUUGGGAUGGCGGAAAAACUCAAUCGGUGUUCACGCAACCACUAUUCCCGAAUCUCUCCUCGAACACGUCCGAAUCAUGCUCUCGAAAUAUGGAAUUGAGCAGUGGCGUGUUAACUUACCCUCGACACCCUACUCUCUUUAUAAUAAGGCCUGCGAAUAUGUGGCCCUCGACUCGUUCAGCGAAGGCUUGGUAGCGGGAGCGUUUAACCACAUGAAGUGCCCUUCCGAACUGAUUGCAAGACGUGAUCUUCAUCAAAUGUUUUACAACCACGUCGUGUUUCACUAUCUCUAUGGACUUUGGAUGAGUGAAGGAAAUAAACCAGGCUCCGUUGCAAAAGCCCAAGAGCUCAACACAGUGUACCAGAAUCGCUUGAGACUUGCAAACGCGCGCGAAAAGUUUCUGAGAGAGAACGACUAUCCCGAGCGCUAUCUCAUUCUAGCGGACCCUAAAGCCACUUCUGACGACGAGUUGGACCCGGUCACGAAAGUCCAUCAAAUCAAAAAGCGGCCAGAGCGUUCAGAAGCGGCGGAAAUCUGGUAUCGAAAGCUUGACGAGCGCAUGCGUGACAGUAGCCGGUUCUGUCGAUCGAGACUCAGGCUUCGAAAUCGUCCACCUGCAGAUAUUCAGAAGACUUCCACGCUUGACAUAUUCCCAACGGGCAUGCCCCUCGAUUAUUACAGUCCGGCAUUCUACAAGACACUUCCUGAUGAUGCAAAGCGUGUAGCCGUUCUUGGCGGAGAAAAUGAAGAGAAUCUGUUGAAGGGAAAGUUGAGGAUCGCUUUCCUCAAGGAUCCUAACCUGUCGCUCGCAACAGAAGACAAAGAGAUCAAAGCCAAGGAGAAGAAGGUGUCAGACAAUGACUUUUUUGUAGAACGAUACGAGGAUGUGUGUGGAGCCUAUGACUUAGGCGACGAGUUCGGCGAGCUCGACCCGGAUGAGGAUGAGGAUGUGGACAUGUCCUAA